AUGGAUAUUGACAAUCCCGUCCUGUCGGACACCCCGCCGGCCCUCCCCCUGCCCGAAUUCAGCGCUGGCUUCCCAUUACCCUUCCGCGUCCUCUUCCUCGUCGGCCUCGCCCUUUUGCUGUGGGCCGUCAACCUCCAUGUCCUGCACCUCCUGGGCUUGGACGUGUCGUGGGUUCUGGAUGUCCGAGACGGCGACGACGGCGACAGAGGCCUCGUGGACGUAAGUGUCGAUCGGAUCCGCCUCGACCGCCUGCCAGGUCUCCUCGACGACGACGAGCACGACCACCGUGAGCCCGAUACGCCCACGCGCCCCAGCCCCAGCCCCGGCCUCCCGCCCGCAAACGUCUCCCGUCCAUCGACUGCACGCCUCUAUGGACCCGUGUACAAGCUUUGGGCAGCGUACACGUUGUGGUGCUUGGCGGGGUACGCGGCGUUCCGGGCGGUCGCAGGCGACGACACGGCGGCCAUGGAGGCCAACCGCGCGAUUGUCGCGCUUGUGUGCGCCGGCCCGAUUGUCGCUGCCCUUGCACCAUGGCGGGGCGUGGGCAACCGCGAGCGCCGCGCCCUCCGCCGCGCGCUGUGGCGCUGUAUCAACCCGCAAUCCCACGACCCCAUCUACUUUUGCGACGUCAUCCUCGCCGAUAUCGCCACGUCGUUUGCUAAAGUCCUCGGCGACCUGUAUAUUGGUGCGCACCAGAUUAUCUUUGGUGGCAUCUCGCACGGCCGCGUGGCCCAGCACGGUCUUGGCAAGUGGAUCACGCUGGCCAUGGUGUGCCUCCCAUACGUGGUGCGUUUCCGCCAGUGCAUGAUCGAGUUCUACCACUCUGGGUGGAAGAGCAUGCGCCCCUUGGCCAACGCGUUCAAGUACUCGUCGGCCUUUCCUGUCAUUUUCCUGUCGGCCGCACAGAAGAUUGUCGUCGUCGAGGUCGCCGCCGCCAAGGGUAUGAGCGUCGACGAGCUGAGCCAGACGGGCGACCGCUGGUUUGGCGAGCACCGUCUCUUCCGUAUGUGGCUGCUUGCCGUGGUCGUCAACUCGAUGUUUUCGUUCUACUGGGACGUGCAGAAGGACUGGGGACUGUCCCUGCUUGAGCUGGACACCUGGGUGCCGGCACGCCGUGCGGCCGGCGACAGUCCCACGCCGUCGCGCCAGGGAUCGCCCGUCGGCGCGCGCCGCGGUGUGCUGGCGCGUCUCGCCGCGUUUGGCAGGCAGCCCUACCGCUCCUCCCCGCUCCCGACCACCAUGCACCUCGACUCGCCGACGUCCCCGCCCAAGCCUGCCUACUUUGGCCUGCGCUCCAUCCUCUUGCUCCCGGACCCGAUCGUGUACUAUCUGUUCACCAUCAUCGACCUCAUCCUGCGCGGCACGUGGUCGCUUGAGCUCUCGUCGCAUCUGCACACGAUGCACGACCUCGAAUCGGGCGUCUUCCUCAUGGAGGCUCUCGAGCUCGUGCGUCGCUGGAUGUGGGUGUUUAUCCGCGUCGAGUGGGAGGCAGUGAGGAUGGGCGAGAUGCAGCGCUUCCGAGGGCCGGCAGGACAUGUCGAGCGCACGGCAGUGCUGUGGGACAAGGAGACAGACACAUAG